AUGUUCGUUAAAAAAUUAUUUGCGAAUGUUGCGGGGCACAAUUGGCGAAAAUUGUCUGCAAAUCUUAAAAAAAGUACAUGUAACGAUUACGAAGUGAUCUGCAAGGAGAGCGAUAAAGUUACGAAUGAAGCGACUUACUGUACGGCGAAUAUCACAAGUUUAUUGUCAUCACUGGAGCAGCAAUACGUCGAACACAAAGAAAAAUUUGAGAAAUGGAGAUUGGAUAAUAUAAAACAAUGUGGCACCGACACUUAUAAUCAAUAUGUGGCGCAAUUUCAGCGGUGGGAAGCUGGAGUUAAAGAACAGCAAAGAAAGUUAAUGGAUGAACUGAAUAAUUUAAUGUAUUCAGGCGAUUCAAAUAGAAUUUUAGGUAAGGCAGCUGAUUCCGAAAAAUAUUUGGAGGUAUUAUAUUUGUUGGAAAUGUUAGCAAAUCAAGAUUGCGUAUUUUCAGAUGGAUUAUUGUCGCGUCUGUCGUUUGAUGAUUUUUUGUUGGUUGUCGUUAUGAUGACAAAGGAGGAUCCUUCGUUUUUCCCAUCACUGCUUUCUGCUUUUAAAAAUUCAAAAAAGAACGGCGAUUCUGUUAAUACUGCUUUUUAUCAACAGUACGCAGCACCAGCUGGGAUUGGAAAUCCUACAGUUUCAUCAUAUGUACCCCAGCAAACUUUUGCACCUGCAGCUCCACAAAUGCAUUCAGUUCUAGCCUACCAUUAUCUCCCAGUUCAUCCCACGGAAAGAUCAGAACAAACAACAAGUAAUACCGUCGUUAAAAGAUCUUACGACCAGAUUGUCACUACUCCAGUUGGAGCAAGAGAGAGUUGGCAAAUUGAAGAACCACUUCGUAAAUCAUAUAAACCUCCAUCACCCAUUCGAGGUUAUCGGAAUCCUUCAACGUUACCUUAUCGAGAUUUCAGCCAGACUUGA